AGUUCACGUUUUGUAUUUAAAUAUCUUAAUCUGUAAAGUAACUUUUUGUAACUAAAGUACAAAUACCUUGAAUUUGUACUUUGAGUACGGUGCUUGAGAGAAUGUAGUUAGUUACUUUCCACCUCUGAAAUUAAAUGAAUGGAGACACUAUUUUGUCCAUGAAGGUAGCGGAACCGUUGUCUUCUGGCCUAACUUUCACGUCGGAUUUAUUUUCAGCCGGCGCUACACUUGAUUAUCUGUGUAGUUGAGAGAACUGAGUGAAACCAGACGAAAAUACUUCGUGUUUUUGUUCACCCCAGCCAUUAAAGUAUCAGUCAAACCACAGUGAGUUGAUGAAAUGUCUCCUGAAGGCGCAGGACCUGAUGUUGUCAACGAUGGCGGAGCAGCGGACGCAGAUUUCAGUCUCGCGAAGAAGUUGUCAAACUGAUCAAAGAUUCAAAGAAAAUAACCCUUUGUCAAUAUGUGAGCGUCUGCAGUGACAGAAAUUUCAACCAUGUAGGGGAGCAGAGAGGUAGAGGGUUUAGACAGCUGAGACCACAGUGCAGCAAGGCCCCCCCCCCCCACAACAACACCAGAAAGCUUGAUCCAGAGAGCCGCUGGAUCCAGAGGUGAUUGCAGGAGGCCAUAGCUUCAACACCUUUAAGGAAGAACAUAAAACAUAAAAUGGCACGUGUUGGACGACCAUCGCUUUCCCUGAUCCACACAGGACUCCUGUUAGCGAUUGUUUUAUUACCAGAGUUUUUGGGGGCGGUUCCAGUGGAGCAGCACAAGGAGGAGGAAGUGACUGCAGUGUCUGGUGAUGUGAAAGCCGAGGCCAUGGCCAACCUAAAGAAACUCGUUCGUAACAGGAGGAAUAUCCCCGUCUUUGCUGUGCCCCAGUUCAAACGCCUGCCGGACUUCUGGGGAUGGUACAAGUACUUCAUGGACAGCCACAACCAGGAGGGAAUUGAGGAUCUGGAUCGUCUGUACAUGGCCUACCUUCAGAACAAGCACCGGUCAGAGGAAGGACCCACCUUUAACCACUACCUCAAGCACCUCAGUGAGAUCUACAAGACCUGUGCCGAUUCUGAUGAUCCAGAUUGCAUUGCGGAGUCCACCAGCAAGCCAAAGGCUGCAACAGUGAUGCCCGCCCACAUCAAGUCUGCUGCCGUCAGGUUUUGCAACCCCUACAUCGACCCCUACUGCCUCUUCCCCCUCCUCCCCAAUAUUGCGGCUCCAGAGCCUGAGCCAGCUCCAGCCAAGGUGCCUGCUCCCAUCCUCACCCCCUUGUUGCCCAUGCCCCUGAAGAGCCCCACUGGCUUCUACUACUACGCCCCAGUCCUGGAGCCCUUCCUGAGCGCCGAGCAGAAGGCUGAGCUGCUGAGGAUCUGCAACGCUGAAGAUGUGGAGUGUCUGCAGUACCACCUGAGGGCAGCUUACGGCUACCGCCCUGCUCCUGGCCCGGCCCCGUCCUACGCUGCCCUCAAAUGUGACCCCAAGGACCCCUACUGCAGGCCUCUCCUGGUCCAGAAGGCCCCCACCGGCUUCUACCACCUGGUCUACCCUGGCUGCGACCCAGCUGUUGAUCCUCUGUGUGUUGUCAACGUUGCCGCUCCCGCUCCCCUCGCAGCUGAGGAGGCUCCUAAAGAGCAACAGUGCAACCCUCUGUUUGACGCCGGCUGCAACCCCCUGACUGCCACCAAGCUGUCCGGCCUCACCAAGCCUGUCCUGGAGUACGCCCCCAAGGAUGAGCCUGCACCUCCUGCUGCCCCUCUGUCCUGCGACCCUCGCUAUGAUCCAUUCUGCAUACUGGCAGCCGCCGCUGCCCUGCGCAAGCCUCCCCCGCCGAUCCCCGAGCACCAGGUCCGCUACAAGCUUGGCGUCCGCGGCAAGACCAAGGAGGGCUACGACUGCUAUGUGCACUAUGACAAAGACUGCACCCCGGUGAAGCCUGGCCCCAAUGCCAAGGCUGACAUCGAGGCUCCAGCCAAGCCCGUCUGCCAUCCAUAUGACCCCAACUGUGGCAAAUCUGCUCCACCAUCGGGCGUUGAGCCCCCGAAGGAUGGCAUAAUCCUGCCCGACCCCAACUGCGACCCAGAGUACGACUUCAACUGCCGCCUGCGUCGUGCUGAGCCCGCCCCCGCUGCUGCUGAGGAGAAAGCUGCCGAUGAGCCCGCCAAGGAGGCCCCUGCCCUACGCUUUGAAGACUUCCUCAAGGGCGUCAUGAGACAGUACAAGUAGAUUUCAGAUAGAAUCAACAGCUUCUGCUAUUUGAUAAAGGAAAAUGGAGCUAACUCAGUAGUCUCUAAGUUUGACGGACUUUAUGGACCACAACCUUCUUCAACAAAACUACCAAAUCAAUCAGAAAAUAUUGCAGCUUUUAAACAGUGAAUCUGAUGUUUCCCACACAAUCUGAAGGUUCCCUAAUUUUGUCUGUUUUUAUACAGUGAGAACAAUUAAAGAGGACCAAGCAAGGUAGAACAUUAUGUAAAACUUGGAUUGAAUACUUCAUGUAUGUUUGUAGAAAAGAGUCAUAUGUAUAGAUUUGUGAUAGAACAGGUGUAGUUUGAUCAUGUGUCAGCGGGCAAGAAUUUCUCUCUGUUGUACAUUCUCUGUUUCCAUUUGCGUUAUCCUGAGUGUAUUUAAUGUUGUUUUCCAUAGUUAUCUGUAACUCUAAACCUCACAAUAACUAAUCUGUUUAGUUUUUAUGAAGUUCUAAAUAAAAAAAGAUUA